UGGGAGGUGCGGGCGGUGUUGGUGAUUUCAAACCCCGCCGAGGAGCGGCCGGACACUCGCCGCGCCCGCCCCGCCGCGGCCCAGGUGAGAGCCGCCGGUGCCGCCAGGUCCCGCUGCGGGCCCGCUGCCUCCUGCCGCGGCUCCACAGGAGGGCGCGUAAGCCUUCCCCCGCCGGUGGGCCGCGGCUUACCUGGGGCCUGGGUGGAGGCGCGGUCUGAGCGGCGCUGACAUCCCUCGGAAGGAGCGGGCCGGGCCCAUGGGCACCUCCUGCGCCCGCUGCCGUAGCUGCGGAAUUACUGUAAUUAUAGAGAGAACCUGAAUUACGAUGGGGGACGACAGUGAGUGGAUGAAACUGCCCAUUGAUCAGAAAUGUGAACACAAGCUGUGGAAAGCCAGAUUAAAUGGUUAUGAAGAAGCCCUUAAGCUCUUCCAGAAGAUAGAUGAUGAAAAGAGUCCCGAAUGGUCCAAGUAUCUUGGAUUGAUAAAGAAAUUUGUGACUGACUCCAAUGCAGUGGCUCAGUUGAAAGGACUGGAAGCAGCACUUGCUUAUGUUGAAAAUGCUCACGUAGCUGGGAAGACAACAGGAGAAGUAGCGUCUGGAGUUGUAAAUAAAGUGUUCAAUCAGCCAAAAGCCAGAGCAAAAGAGCUGGGUCUAGAUAUAUGUCUAAUGUAUAUAGAAAUUGAGAAAGGGGAGGCUGUACAAGAGGAAUUACUAAAGGGUCUGGACAACAAGAACCCGAAAAUCAUAGUAGCAUGUAUAGAGACACUGAGGAAAGCGCUAAGUGAAUUUGGUUCAAAAAUCAUCUCACUGAAGCCAAUCAUUAAAGUCUUGCCAAAACUUUUUGAGUCUCGGGAAAAGGCUGUUCGAGAUGAAGCCAAGCUCCUUGCUGUGGAGAUCUACCGUUGGAUAAGGGAUGCUCUGAGACCUCCAUUGCAGAACAUAAACUCUGUUCAGCUAAAAGAACUGGAAGAAGAGUGGGUCAAAGUGUCAGCAGUUGCUCCUAAGCAGACCAGGUUCCUGCGUUCCCAACAGGAGCUGAAAGCAAAAUUUGAGCAGCAGCAGGCAGCUGGAGGAGAUGCAGAUGGAGGAGGUGAUGAUGAGGAAGAGGCGGUGCCACAAGUAGAUGCAUAUGAGUUGCUUGAAGCUGUAGAAAUUCUUUCCAAGCUUCCCAAAGACUUCUAUGAGAAAAUAGAAGCAAAAAAGUGGCAGGAAAGGAAAGAAGCUCUAGAAGCUGUUGAGCUGCUGGUGAAAAAUCCAAAAUUGGAAUCAGGAGACUAUGCAGACUUGGUGAAAGUACUCAAAAAGGUUGUUGGGAAGGAUACAAAUGUUAUGCUGGUUGCUUUGGCUGCCAAAUGCCUUGCUGGACUAGCCACUGGUCUCCGAAAGAAAUUUGGACAGUAUGCAGGGCAUGUUGUUCCAACAAUCCUGGAGAAAUUUAAAGAGAAGAAGCCUCAGGUAGUGCAGGCACUGCAGGAGGCCAUUGACGCAAUCUUUCUUACAACCACGUUGCAGAACAUAAGUGAAGAUGUGUUGGCAGUGAUGGACAACAAAAACCCAACAAUUAAGCAACAAACAUCCCUCUUCAUUGCAAGAAGCUUCCGUCACUGCACACCUUCUACUCUGCCAAAAAGCCUGUUAAAACCUUUCUGUGCUGCACUUCUCAAGCAUAUCAAUGAUUCUGCUCCUGAAGUAAGAGAUGCUGGAUUUGAAGCAUUAGGCACUGCCUUGAAAGUAGCUGGAGAGAAAGCUGUGAAUCCUUUUCUAGCAGACGUAGACAAACUAAAGCUUGAUCGGAUUAAAGAGUGUGCUGAGAAGGUAGAACUGGUUUAUGGGAAAAAGACAGGAGGAGCUGCUGAGAAAAAAGAAGGCAAGCCUGUUAGUGGAAAGACCCCUGCUCUUUCAGGGUCUGGUGGAGAUAAAGAAACAAAAGAUGCAGGAACCAAACCAGGUCCACAGAAAAAAGCACCUGCUGUGAAGUCUGGGGGCCCACCCAAGAAAGGCAAACCAGCGGCUGCUGCAGGUGUGGGAGGUGCUGGGGCUAAAGGCAAGAAGGGUCCUGAGACCAAAGAAAUAUUUGAAUCCGAGCUCUCGAUAGAAGUAUGUGAAGAGAAAGCUGCUGCUGUCCUUCCAGCUUCUUGUAUCCAGCAGUUAGACAGUGGUAACUGGAAAGAGAGGCUUGCCUGCAUGGAGGAGUUUCAGAAGGCUGUUGAGCUUAUGGAGAGAAGUGAAAUGCCUUGCCAAGCACUGGUAAGAAUGCUGGCCAAGAAACCUGGUUGGAAGGAAACAAAUUUUCAGGUGAUGCAGAUGAAACUGCAUAUAGUUGCAUUGAUUGCACAGAAAGGAAACUUCUCCAAAACUUCAGCCCAGGUUGUGCUGGAUGGUCUCGUAGACAAGGUUGGUGAUGUGAAAUGUGGCAGUAAUGCAAAAGAAGCCAUGACAGCAAUAGCAGAGGCAUGUCAGUUGCCAUGGACUGCUGAGCAGGUUGUGGCUACAGCUUUCUCUCAAAAGAACCCUAAAAACCAGUCAGAAACCUUGAACUGGCUUUCAAAUGCAAUUAAAGAGUUUGGCUUUUCUGGACUGAAUGUCAAAGCUUUCAUCAGUAAUGUGAAGACAGCUCUUGCUGCAACUAACCCAGCUGUAAGGACUUCUGCCAUUACCUUGCUGGGAGUCAUGUAUCUUUAUGUGGGACCUCCUUUGCGAAUGUUUUUUGAGGAUGAGAAGCCAGCUCUUCUCUCCCAGAUAGAUGCAGAAUUUGAAAAGAUGCAAGGGCAGACGGCGCCAGCCCCAACUCGUGGUAUUUCCAGGAACAGUGUGGCAGGAGGUGGGGAUGAUGGUGAGGAAGAGGAACAGGAGGAUGUUGGGAAUGAUGUUGUGGAUCUCUUGCCAAGAACAGAUAUUGGUGAGAAGAUCACAGCUGAACUAGUGUCUAAGAUUGGGGACAAAAACUGGAAGAUCAGAAAGGAAGGUCUAGAUGAAGUAACAAGCAUAAUAAAUGAUGCUAAGUUCAUACAACCAAACAUAGGAGAACUUCCAGCUGCUUUGAAGGGUCGUCUCAAUGACUCCAAUAAAAUCUUGGUGCAACAAACACUGAGCAUUCUUCAGCAGCUGGCAACAGCAAUGGGCCCCAAUAUCAAACAGCAUGUGAAAAACUUGGGCAUUCCUGUCAUUACAGUCCUAGGAGACAGUAAGAAUAACGUUCGUGCUGCUGCACUGGCAACUGUGAACGCGUGGGCUGAACAAACUGGCAUGAAAGAGUGGUUGGAAGGGGAAGACCUGUCUGAGGAGCUCAAAAAAGAAAAUCCUUUCCUAAGACAAGAGCUUCUUGGUUGGCUGGCUGAGAAGUUGCCUACCCUCCGCUCUGUUCCUUCUGAUCUACUCUUGUGUGUGCCUCACCUGUACUCCUGCCUCGAAGAUCGAAAUGGGGAUGUGCGUAAAAAAGCUCAGGACGCCCUGCCUUUCUUCAUGAUGCACCUUGGCUUUGAGAAGAUGGCAAAAGCCACCAGCAAGCUGAAGCCAACUUCCAAAGACCAGGUACUGGCCAUGCUUGAGAAAGCCAAAGCCAACAUGCCAGCCAAACCUGCUGCUCCUGCUAAGGCAUCUUCCAGAGUGGCCGGGGGAGCAGCUCCAGCCAAAUUCCAACCUGCAUCAGCACUGGCUGAAGAUUCAGGGUCCAAUUCCAUGGAAUCCAAACCUGAUCCCAAAAGAGCCAAAGCAGGAGGAGCUUCCUCCAAAGCUAAGGGUGUACAGGGGAAGAAAGUGCUAAGCAAGCCUAUUUUGAAGGAAGACGAUGAUAAAUCUGGUCCUAUUUUUAUCAUAGUCCCAAAUGGGAAAGAACAGAGGAUGAAAGAUGAGAAAGGUCUGAAGGUGUUAAAGUGGAAUUUCACUACUCCCCGUGAUGAAUAUAUUGAGCAGCUAAAAACUCAGAUGUCCAGUUGUGUGGCUAAAUGGCUACAGGAUGAAAUGUUUCAUGCAGACUUUCAGCAUCACAACAAAGCACUGGCUGUUAUGAUUGAGCACUUGGAAAGUGAAAAAGAUGGAGUCAUCAGCUGCCUGGAUCUGAUCUUAAAGUGGCUUACCCUGAGGUUCUUUGAUACCAACACAAGUGUUUUGAUGAAAGCACUUGAAUACCUUAAGCUGCUUUUCAAUUUGUUGAGUCAAGAGGAGUAUCACCUUACUGAGAAUGAAGCAUCCUCCUUCAUCCCAUAUCUUAUCCUAAAGGUAGGAGAACCGAAAGAUGUGAUCCGCAGGGAUGUCCGUGCCAUUCUGAACAGGAUGUGUCUCAUCUAUCCAGCCAGCAAGAUGUUCACUUUCAUCAUGGAGGGGACAAAAUCCAAAAACUCAAAACAGCGUGCAGAAUGCCUGGAAGAGCUUGGCUGUCUGGUUGAAUCCUAUGGCAUGAAUGUAUGCCAGCCAACUCCAGGGAAAGCCUUAAAAGAAAUGGCAACUCAUAUUGGCGAUAGGGACAACACUGUGCGCAACGCUGCGCUGAACACCAUCGUGACUGUCUACAAUGUUCAUGGUGACCAAGUGUUCAAGCUGAUUGGAAAUCUUUCUGAGAAAGACAUGAGCAUGCUGGAAGAGAGAAUAAAACGCUCAGCCAAGAGACCAUCUGCUGCUCCAGUGAGACAGGCAGAGGAGAAACCUCAACGUGUUCAAAACAUCAGCACUAAUGCCAGCAUGCUGCGGAAGGGACCAGCUGAGGACAUGUCCUCCAAACUCAAAAUUAUGUAUCGCACUUAUAGGAUCCAAAAUCGCAACAUGGGCGGUCAUUCGGAGACAGCACAUACGGUUCCACGGGAGUUUCAGCUGGAUCUUGAUGAGAUUGAAAAUGAUAAUGGUACUGUCAGAUGUGAGAUGCCAGCACUUGUACAGCACAAACUAGAUGACAUCUUUGAGCCAGUCUUGAUUCCUGAGCCGAAAAUCCGGGCUGUAUCCCCACACUUCGAUGACAUGCACAGUAACACAGCUUCUACUAUCAACUUUGUCAUUUCCCAAGUAGCUAGUGGUGAUAUAAAUACAAGCAUCCAGGCUCUGGCACAGAUUGAUGAAGUCCUCAGACAGGAAGACAAAGCAGAAGCAAUGUCUGGCCACAUUGACCAAUUCCUAAUAGCUACUUUUAUGCAGCUUCGGCUAAUCUACAACACGCACAUGGCAGAUGAGAAGCUAGACAAAGAUGAGAUAGUCAAACUUUACAGCUGUAUUAUUGGGAGCAUGAUCUCGCUAUUUCAGAUCGAGAGUCUGGCUCGAGAGGCCUCCACUGGUGUGCUGAAGGAUCUAAUGCAUGGUCUUAUUACACUAAUGCUGGAUUCUCGGCUUGAAGACCUUGAGGAGGGUGAGCAGGUCAUCCGGUCAGUUAACCUGCUGGUAGUGAAAGUUCUGGAAAAGUCUGACCAGACCAACAUCUUGAGUGCUCUGCUUGUUUUGCUCCAAGACAGCCUGCUAGCAACAGCCAGCUCUCCUAAGUUUUCAGAACUUGUCAUGAAGUGUCUGUGGAGAAUGGUGCGUCUGCUUCCGGAAACCAUUAAUAGUAUCAAUCUGGAUCGGAUUUUACUGGAUAUCCACAUCUUCAUGAAGGUCUUUCCCAAAGAGAAGCUGAAGCAAUGUAAGAGUGAGUUUCCUAUAAGGACACUGAAGACUCUGCUUCACACUCUGUGCAAGUUAAAAGGGCCCAAGAUCUUAGAUCAUUUAACAAUGAUAGACAACAAAAAUGAGUCUGAGCUGGAGGCUCACCUGUGUAGAGUAGUGAAACACUCCAUGGAUCAGAGUGGAAGCAAAACUGAUAAGGAUACAGAAAAGGGAGCUUCUCGCAUAGAGGAAAAGGCUUCAAAGGCCAAAGUUAAUGAUAUAUUGGCAGAAAUAUUUAAGAAGAUUGGCUCCAAGGAGAACACUAAGGAGGGUCUGGCAGAGCUGUAUGAAUACAAAAAGAAAUAUUCUGAUGCAGACAUUGAGCCCUUCCUGAAAAACUCCUCUCAGUUCUUCCAGAGCUAUGUGGAAAGAGGCCUCCGGCUGAUAGAAACAGAACGGGAGGGGAAAGGGCGAAUUGCUGCUUCUACAGGAAUUUCUCCUCAGAUGGAAGGAACGUGUGUUCCUGCUUCUACCCACACUGUAUCUUCAUCCAUAGGAAACUCAAAUGGGGAGGAAGUGGGGCCUUCAGUUUACUUGGAAAGGUUAAAAAUCCUCAGGCAGCGUUGUGGCCUUGACAAUGCAAAGCAGGAAGACAGACCACCUCUGACGUCUCUGCUCUCUAAACCAGCACUCCCUACAGUUGCAUCCUCUACAGAUAUGCUUCACAGUAAGCUCUCCCAGCUCCGUGAGUCACGGGAGCAGUACCAACAUCUGGACCUGGACUCCAAUCAGACUCAUUCCUCUGGCAUUGGCACUACCCUGGCUUCACCCUCUUCUGCAGCAGCUAAUAUUGACGACUUGAAAAAAAGAUUGGAGAGAAUAAAAAGCAGUCGCAAAUAAAGAUGCAAGAGACACGGCAUCACUGUUGCUUGGGCUGUCUUCAGCUUUAGUUUACUAAACUAGAAGUCUUCAUAGUUAAAUGGCCUCAUUUAGGCCUAAUGUAUACAAACUGGUUUAUGUAUAAUACCGUGGAUUUUGGGGGUUGAGUCAUUGUGGCACAAGUAUUUGUACAUACUCUGCUUCUCAGUGAGCAUCUCUUUGACAAUAGAAGGCUGUCUAUGUAUUAGUUUUAGUGUACAGACCUGUAAACAACCAUAUUCUUGCUCAGACUAGUUUCUCAUAACUUGUUUUUUUUAAUUUGUAAAAUUGUCGUUAAGAUCUUUUCCUAGUUCUUAACUCUUAGAAGAUCUUUAGUGAUUUCACUUUUAAUUUUGUGAAUUCUUCUCCAUGUAAUCUUUGAACUGUUGGUUCUGUAUGGACACACGGCAUGAAGUAACUAAUUUAAGUGUCUUUUGUAAAUAAAGUUUGCAUUAACUAUACCAGCCUCUGUAGGAACAGCAGUGACUGCUGGUUAGAGAAGUCACUCUCUAUUCCUGAAUGUUGUGACCGGGCAUCAAGAAACUGAACUAAACUAUUCGUGAUAUGAACCUUGGGGUUUGGAUAUAUUAUAAGGAAAAUGAGUGAAUAUAUACUAUCAGUAGGUGCAAUCCUGAAACUUUGCACUCUUUCUUCUAUAAGCAGUAGUGCAUUUUUCAUAUAGUUGUUUUUUGUUUGGAAUAUGUUUCUGUAACUUGAGAGUAAGUUGAGAAUAUUUACUUUGCUUAAAUUGCUUAUUUUGAAUUACCUAGUCCGUGUGAUGCCUUUACCCAGGUUAAGCAUAGCCCCUCUGUACAAAAGCUUUCCUUGAGGGAGCCUGCUGCUGUUGAUAUGGAAUAGAUUAGCAGGGAUGUACAGCCAGUGGACUCAUGUAUCCUGAACUCACUUGGUUAAGCAGUCCUCCUCAUGCGGGUACACCUCACCACCACAUCCUUUUUGCUCUUAAACAUCUGAUGUAAGCAGACUCUACUGUUUGGUGUAACUAACACCCAGUAGUGCUAGUCUGCAAAAGCUAUAACCACUGCUGCUUUUGUAGUCUUCUGAUUAGCCUUUUUCAGAAGCUACAAGUGUGAAGACAUAUCCUGUGUAGCCUUUCUAGUCCUUUCAUUCAUUUUUUCACCUUAUUACUGCACUUCCAUGAGAGAGCUGGCUGUGAAGCAUAAAUUACACAUCUGUUCCAUAGUUAGAACAAAGUUAUUGAUGAAUUGGACAGGCAGGCUUAAAAUAGCACACUUCUCUAGAUUUUAAUCUGUUCCAUGCAACUGCUGCUUUUGUUGUUUGCUCUGUGGACCAGCAGUCUCUGCAUCAGGGCUGUUACUCAAGCUAUCUUGCCUGAUUACAGUGAAAAUGUGGCUUUAAAGUAGUACCUGUACAACAGAUCUAUGCCAGAGCUUCUGCAAACGGCUGAAGUCUUCCUCUUACAGGACCCCUUGGCUGGGGUUGCAGUUGCUGUAAUACUGCUUGGUGCUUGUGGUGAGUUUGUACACUGCGGUAGCAGGUGACUUGCAAGUGUUCUCCAUCCUGUGUUAAUUGAUGUGAUGCCAUUCAUUGCUCCACCACCUCGGUUUAGUAGUCCCAGUCUCCUUUCCUAACCUGAAGUGGGCAUGCACUUUUCUUGUGGAACUGUAUGACAAGUGGAGGUUUGGCCCUUCGUGGUAAGUGCUGAGGUUUUGUGCACUUAACUUGGGGCUGUUUGUGAAUAGUUUGUGUUGGCUGACACUAGAGUUACUGCCACUACCUCUCAAUUACUAGCUGCUUUUUGAAACUUACUGAGAUUUAAUCCAUAUGUUCCUUUACCAUGUCCAAUAGACAUUCUGAAGAGCUGUUUGUUAAUUAGCUCAGGAUGUUAAAACAGCAAUGCCUGCAAACCUGCAUACAACUACUUUAAAUUUGAAGCUGAAUUGGAAGGGAAAUACAGGAAUAAUUGAGAAGCGGAAGAUACAGUUGCUUACUAUGAAUGAGUUUUUGCCCUGUUGUCUCUGUAGUGUUUGGUUGGACUCAAUAUCCUGGGAGUUCUGAACUAAAACUUGUGCACAUCAAUUAAUAAAGCCUAAUCUUUAGCCCAGACAAUAUUUAAAUAACAUUAAACUGAAUUUUAAAAAUGA